AUGAGUGACCUAAAGAAACCAGAAGUCAAGCCCGUCCCUAAAGGCCAUCGAUGGAUCCUCUUCGUCUCAGGCCCGACAGCAUCAGGCAAGACCUCUGUCGCCAAGUUCAUAGCAGAGAAACUCGAUCUCAAAUUCUUCCAUCCAAAAACCAACAUCGAGAAAAUGAGCCACGGCCAACCCCUCACCGACCAAGAUCGCUACGGCUGGCUCCAAGCUCUGCAUGAACACGCCACCCACCAUCCCAUCGGCCCAGGAACAGAACAUCUCGUAGUCACCUGCUCCGCACUCAAGCGUCAAUACCGCGAUAUUCUGCGUGAAGGAUCUGACAAAGCUGGUGAUUUGCGAGUUCACUUCUUACAUCUUGAUGCGCCGGAGGAAGUGCUCACGAAGCGGGCUGCUGCGAGGAAGGGCCAUUUUGCGGGACCUGCUCUUGUGCAUAGUCAGUUUGAGGUGUUGGAGAGACCGGCGGAUGAUGAGAAGGAUGUUUUGAUUGUUAGUGUUGAUCAGUCGGUUGAGGAUGUUCAGAGGGAAGCGUUGGGAAGGGUUAGGGAGUUGUUGGAUGAUGAUCCUGAGUGA